CAGCUCGGCGGCGGCAGCGGAGAGCGCAGCGCGCAGCCCGGUGCAGCCCUGGCUUUCCCCUCGCCGCGCGCCCGCGCCCCCUUCCGCGUCCGCAACCAGAAGCCCAGCGCGGCGCCCGGAGCCGGACCCGCGCCCGCGCCGCUCCCGGGACCGCGACCCCGGCCGCCCCGCGAUGACCGCGACCGCAGCCCUCCUGCCCGUCCUCUUGCUCCUGCUGGCCUUCGGCCGCAGUGCCCAUGGAGCUGAAUGCCUCCCGGCCUGCCACCCCCAAAAUGGAUUCUGCGAGGAUGACAAUGUUUGCAGGUGCCAGCCUGGCUGGCAGGGCCCCCUGUGUGACCAAUGUGUGACCUUUCCUGGCUGCGUUAACGGACUCUGUGUGGAACCCUGGCAGUGCAUUUGCAAGGACGGCUGGGAUGGACACCUCUGUGACCUAGACAUCCGGGCUUGCACCUCGAACCCCUGCGCCAACAAUGGAACCUGCGCGAACCUCGAUAAUGGCCAGUAUGAGUGCUCCUGCCCCCCAGGCUUCUCGGGGAGGGACUGUCAGAAGAAGGACGGGCCCUGCGUGAUGAAUGGCUCCCCCUGCCAGCACGGAGGCAGCUGCGUGGAUGAUGAGGGUCGGGCCUCCCAUGCCUCCUGCCUGUGCCCCCCUGGCUUUUCGGGCAAUUUCUGCGAGCUCAUGACCAACAGCUGCAUCCCCAACCCGUGCGAGAACCAGGGCAUCUGCACCGACAUCGGGGGCGACUUCCGCUGCCGCUGCCCUGCCGGCUUCAUGGACAAGACCUGCAGCCGCCCGGUGUCCACCUGCGCCAACGAGCCGUGCCUGAACGGGGGCACCUGCCUGCAGCACUCCCAGGUGAGGUUCGAGUGUCUGUGCAAGCCCAAGUUCACGGGCCCCCUGUGCGGCCGGAAGCGCGCGGCGGGCCCCCAGCAGGUCACCCGUCUGCCCAGCAGUUACGGGCUGACCUACCGCCUGACCCCGGGGGUGCAUGAGCUGCCGGUGCCGCAGCCCGAGCACCGUAUCCUGAAGGUAUCCAUGAAGGAGCUCACCAAGAGCACUCCGCUCCUCUCCGAGGGUCAGGCCAUCUGCUUUACCAUCCUGGGCGUGCUCACCUCCCUGGUGGUGCUGGGCACCCUGGGCAUCGUCUUCCUCAACAAGUGCGAGGCCUGGGUGUCCAACCUCCGCUACAACCACAUGCUGCGCAAGAAGAAGAACCUGCUGCUGCAGUACAACAGCGGGGAGGACCUGGCUGUGAACAUCAUCUUCCCCGAGAAGAUCGACAUGGCCACCCUCCCCCGCGAGGCUGGGGACGAGGAGAUCUAAGCAGCGCCCCCUCCCCACCCCCCACCCCCCUCCCCCGCCCCCGCCCCUCGGGGUCUCGCAGAGCUCACGCCUUGCGGUCCGUUCUGAUCUUUGUGGUGGCUGUUGUGCGCCUUUGUGUCCAACCUGGUGCCCGCUCUGCUUUGCCUGUCUUGCCCUCGUGUUGCCGUGUGACAAAUGCCAGGCCAGAGCCCACCCCCCUCUUCCCUCCUCCUCAUGCAUGAUAAAGAAUAAUAAUAAGAAGUUCCUCUUGAAACACCUAAAAGAGAUAAGUAUGUUCUUCUAAACUCCAAGCAACUUAAAUCUAAAAAAAAAAUCAAAAAGACCAAAAAAAAACAUGGCAACGAACCAGGGCUCUGUGCCGACGUCCCUCCCCGUCGAGGGGUCUCGGCCACAGGGUCCUUGUGAAACCGUGAUGCGUGCCGUGCAUGACCGACCACUGUGCAAAGGGCUGAAAUCUCUUUCGUUCGUUAAUUCUCUCACGCGCCACCUCCGACUCGCACGCACAUCAACACCGCAAACCUGUAGUCUUUGCAACUGAGCUGAGGUUUUGCAGAGUGCAGCGGCCGUGGGUCAGGCAGAGAGCGCCCCGGGUUGGCUUCUGCGGGGCGGGGACCUUGUCCCUGCCCUGCCACUCGCUGUGUGAACCUUGGCGAGUUCCCUUUCCCACCCCGGGCCACCUUUCAGCCCCUCUCCAAAGGCGGGGCCUGAACCUGCGAUCACCAGGGUUCUCUCUUGCUUGGCAAGAAUUAGGAACGAGGGGGUAGGGAACCGAAACGUGUUCCGACCCUAAAAAUUAGGAUCUGAUGAAGACUCGGUCUCAUCCUGGGAUCCAAAGGUUUUGGCCUAUCCUGGAUGCACACUUGAUGUACAGAAAUCGAUUCGAACUGCAUUUCUCCACGUGGGGGGCCUCCCGGCCCACUUCCCGUCUGGAAACAACUGCCCCCUGUGAGGCAUGAUGUGCAGUCCGGGGCUGCCAACUUAAGCAGCCCCCCCUCCCCCCGCCCCACUGCCUACCCCCCCUUCAGCCCCCAAACCCCAGCCAUGUGCCUGCCUCCCCCUAGAGCUUAGAAAAGCCGUCCCCCGGCUUUUCAAUGCACCUUGAACCGCAAGUGCCCCUGGCGAAUCUGAGCAGCAACACAGCCCUCACCAAGGUUUUCACAGGGUUAAGUGGAAAUGGUGGCUCGUGGGGCAUUUUCUAGUUCUGUGGCCAUUGUGGUACCAGAUCUGGCCUACACAGCUUGGGUUUCAUUUGUGUUGCUGAGUUAAUAACCCUCAGAUCCCCAAACAGCUAGCCGGCUUCUGAAUGAUCAUUUUUGACUUUUGUAAGAAAAAAAGAGCAUCUAUCUUUUUUGCAGAGAAAAAAAUAUAUAUGUAAAUAUAGAAGGAAUUGGGACAGAGCUCUGUUUGGCAUUCCGGCUCUUUGCGUCGGGCAGCUAAACAGCCCUUGGGUACCAGUUAGAAAUAUUUUGCCUCUUAAACGAUUUAGAUAGGAAUCUAUAUUCUUAGCUUUAUUGAGUAUUACCUGCCGUGUUUACCUUGCUCCAAGUGCUUUCUAAGCCAUCAUAUCAUCUCCGCCACUCAGAUCACCCCCCACACACCACCAUGCGUCACCGUCAUCACACGGCCAUCGACCUCAUCACCGUCAGCCACCGGUUUACCGCCCCAGGUCCCUUGUCAUCCUGAGUCACAGCCCGACCCUCAUCUCCCCGAGGUGCCCCCUGGUCUCACCCAAGCCAUGGUCCCCGUCACUCCAGGCCCAUUUUCAUCCCCAGUCCAAGCUCCCCCUCCACCCUUAGCACCUGCACCCCACAGACCCGUCCCCCUCCCUGCCCCAGCCCCCCAAUCUUUACCCUUUUAGCUCCCCCUCUCCACCCUCCCCCCGCCCCAGCUCACCCUCAAUUCCCACCCCCGGGUCCAAUCGCUGCCCCCUCACCCUGCCUCUCCCCAGCCCCCACUCUGACUCCCCCAGCCCCCGUCUCUGAUAACCCUCACCCCAGGUCCCUGUCCCUCCCCCUCAAGUCAUCGACGUCACCAUCUCAUCUCAUUUUGAGUUCGUUUUACGAAACAAAAAAUUUUAAAAAGACAAAAAAAAUGAACUGUUGGCAUGGUCGGGCGGGCGUCUGGCACCCCGCUCGACCCCUCUCGCGUGAGGCCUUGAUCGAGUUCUGCUAACGGUUCUGAUCCUCAGUUUCCCCCUGAUGCAAAAAUCCUAAGAUUGGACGCAAUGAUCAAAUUCGCUACCCGGCUUUCUUGAGCUCCGCGCUGUGGAGAUCAGCCGUGUCCCCGAUGACAAAGAAUAAAUCCCACCGUCUACUGAUCCUUGACCAACUCCUCAUCGGCUCAUCCGCUCAUCCUCCAUUCAUUCAAUCAGGAAGCAUCUCCAUGCACCUGCUGCGUGCAAGGCGGUGCGCAGGGAGCUGAGAACACGCAGGAUGGGGGGCGUCUGGGAGGGGCACAGCGACACCAGUGCCCCCAGGGAGCCUAGCCAGUGCAGGUAAAAUAACGUGGGAGCGGUGUCCUGAACAGACGCCGCCCUUCCAGCCUGGCCAUCUCACUUGCCCACGUGACAAAUUCUCUCUUACCAGCACUCGAUGAGGCCCCCGCACCCAAAUUCCACAGCGCCUACCCGCACACAUCCUGCACGAUCAGAACAGGGUCAGCAGCCUCGCCACGGUCUUCACGUCAUGCAGAAAUGGUCCAUUCCAUCCUCGAUGGGGUCACCAGAUUCUGCUGGGAGUGUUAGGAUCCCUGACUGCCCAUCCACACCCAGGUGUGUUUGGAGUAGUGUGUAGUUUACGAUCAAAACGGAGAAGCUCAAAGACAGCCAUCAGAGGCAUGCCCACCAAUUCGGUCCCCAAACUGAGAGAGGAGCAGGCGUGAUGAUCUUGUAACCCCCAAAUUUCAAACAUGUCAAUGAUGAGCUCUUCUUGGCUUUUCCGUCUUUGCAACCAGUCAUGCAAAAAAAAUUUUGUUUAUUGAACAAAUAAACAAAAACUAAGGGCUACCUGA